GGCGACCUGAGCCUGCCGCUGCUGCUGCCGCCUAUACCGCACCUGCCGCUGCUGCUGCUCGCUCCGGUUCCCGCUGCGCUGCAACCGUCCACACGCAGCUGCGGCUCCCAACCACUAUAUCUGGAAUCCAAUCCCCCCCCCCCUUCAGAAACCAUGUAUAUCUUAGCCCUGCUCUUUGAGGCGGGGUAAAGACUAAUACAUGGAAAGCAAUGAGAAACAAAAACGCAUCUGCAGUUGUGAAAUGAAUGUGGCUUAAAAAUAAUCAAAAGCUACUUAACACUGUUCCCAAGUUCUACUCUUCCUUCUUCGAUGUUUAGUACAUAGUAUUGUACUCGUAGGUGCAGUAAGACUUAUACACUGCUAGGUUAAUGAUCUUGUGCUCCUAAAGUGUGGAAAAGGACAUAAAGAUCUUACGAUGAUAUAGGAAAGGCAAGAAUAUAUGCGUCAGAGUGCACAGUGCUGGUUGGUACGUGGCUCUCAAGUUACAUUUAGUGAAGCAGUGAAGUGUUGAAGUGUUUUGUGUCUAAACAUGAUACAGUUUAGUAUGAUAACUUUUUUAGUAAUCCUUGUACAGUGUACCUUGUGAGAAUUGGAAGAUCAGUUUGUAACCAUAAACAUUUACGGAAUUCUGCACUUUACGACGUACUUUACAUUUUAGAAAUUUUUAUCACUGUCCAUUUUGAGUUGUCCAUGUUACUUAGUGUUGAAUUUGCAACAGUGUGGACUUAAAGAGGGAAAAUUUAGUGUUUCCUUAUUAAGGUGCGUGAGGUAGGUGCACCACACCGCUCAGAAGUAAUUCGAUCUCUUAAAGAGUACGGGGCGUGGCGAGCGAAGCUAACUAUACAAGCUCACAGCUUCCUUGUCGCCAAGAAACUGGGAUUGUGUUAGUAGUAGCCCGAGGGAUGUUCUCUGGAGCUAUUUAACACUGCGGAACAUCUUGUUGCUGUUUGUUCUCUCAAGCUACUCUACAAGUUACAGAACACAGUUGUGAUCUGUUACGUGUGUUCUCUGAAGCCACAGCAAAGACUACGGAACACCUAGCGGGGAAAUCAAACAAAAGCUUUUAGUGUUUUGCUCGUCAGUGUUUUAAAAACCUCGCCAGUGAUACUCACGGUGAGAAGUGCGGUGGUUCGGCAACGUUCUUGUGAAGUGAACAACACUGUAUGCUACAUCACAUGACAUAUGCUAAGACAGAUGCUUAACGCAUUCAUGUCCCAGGAGACGCCGGUGCUACAAAAACACACUCGUUUAUGCAAGUGAUUAAAAAAUAUUUCUUCUCAUGAAAUUGUUCUGUAUUCAAUACAGUAAUAAAUGUUCUCACGAAAGUAAUCAAAACGUUAGGAAUACACUAGAAAUGUAAAUAACACCAAGAAAAACUGUAGCUCCAGCAGAGGCAAAGGGAUAACAGCAACCAAUGUGUCCCCAUGAACGUUGACUUCAGUACAAACAAGCAUCACCAGUGAACACAGCCUGUCUAGCAGGAAGCUACAACCCACCAUAACUAAUUAAAGGUGUCAGCCAAGAUGACCCAGCAGUAUCUCCCUAAGGUUCCAUCGCUGGUUCUGCUGUGGACCACAGUGCUCUGCCUCUCAGGGUGUGUGUGGGCAUGGCCUCGGUCUCCCCGCCACGUGGUGCCCCCGCCAACAGUGCCAGGACCCACGCUGCCCCCGGUCUUCGACCCGCUGGUACCAACCAAUGUCACCGUCACGGCCUCCAAGACGGCACUUCUCUCCUGUGUUGUCCACAACCUUGGCAACAAUUCGGUGUCGUGGAUCAGGCACCGUGACCUGCACAUCCUCUCCGUAGGCUCGGUGACCUAUACUAGCGACUCCAGGUUUGAGGCAGUACCCCAGACUGAAGGGGACUGGACACUACGUCUCCAGUACGCCAGUCCCCGCGACUCAGGCCAGUACGACUGCCAGGUAUCCUCCAGGCCGCCCACCGCCCGCACAGUGCACCUCACUGUGGUCGAGCCCCAGGCUAAGAUCCUGAGAGCACCUGACAUCCACGUUGGUAUUGGCUCUCCCAUCAACCUGACGUGUGUGGUACCCUACUCCCCAGAGCCUCCAGAUUACCUCCACUGGUACCACAAGGAGAGGAUGGUGCGGGAGGAUGGGCUGAGGGUGUGGGUGAAGACUCACCUGGGUCGUCGAAGUCUGAGCCAGCUGGUAGUGAUGAAUGCUCAGCCUCACGACUCAGGUGUUUAUACCUGUAGUCCAGCACACUCCCUCGAACACUCCAUUACCGUGCACGUCCUCACAGGAGAGUAUCCGGCAGCGAUGCAGGGAGGGUCAUCUGUGACCUGCGCUGGCCGCCGCCUCUGGGCUCAUCUCAUCACUGCCGUAGUCACUGCCACUGUGUCCACCCCGCUCCUACUCCCCUAUUUUUAUAUGUAAAUAACAUGUUU